UGUCGUUUUCCAACACUGGGUAAACAGCUGACUUAGAUCAGCUGGCGUGACAUUGCAUCACGCGUUGCACACACAAAUAAGAAGAAAGGGGGACGAAAGAGAAAACUGAAGAGAAAGCUCCGAAUAAUUCUCUCACCCUGACCUAUCCCAUGGCCCUGGAGGUCUCAGCCGGCGGACGGUCCAUGGAACUCCGGAGAUCGUGACCUCACCGGACUUCAACGGCACCAAAAUUCAUUCCUCAGUAAAAUGAUGUACAAGGAGCGGCGUUUCAGUAUGAUGUCAGCGUAGUUGUUGCUCAGUGGCGCCUCCGGCUGAUGGCGACAAGCUGCUUUGGGUUGCGAUCCCUGGGAUUGCGGUUCCGUUGCAGUUCCCAAUGAUUCUCAAUCGUAGACGCCCACUCUUUGGCAGUAUAAAAUGCGAGACUCGAGUCUGUCUGGUGCCAGUUUUCGUGAGCAUCGCCAGUGGUGUGGACCAAAUCGUAAAAACUCGAUCUACCCGUCAUAUGUUAAAGUGCAGUUCUUAAGGAAUACCAUUUAUUGUGAACUGUGACACAACAAAAUUAUGAAGAAAAAUGCUAAUUAGGUCACUAAAAUGUACCUUCUUACUAGUGUUGUGCUUGCAAUUCCAUCCCUCGAAUUCAGCUGGGGACAAUCUAGAACAGCGUGCCCAUCUCGUGAGACAAUGGAACGAUAAUCUACUUCUCGAGCCGGCUUGGGAUCGGAAUGUAACCUUGCGAUUGAUGGGUGAAUCCGCCACCGUGACCAUCAAUGAUGUGGACAUAAUGAGUAUGCUUCGGCGGCGCCAAAGGAUUAUUACGGAUCGGCAGGCGGCUCAAAGGGAGCCCAUCUUGGUGGAGACCGUUAAGGAUAUGUUCCAGGAUGUAGAGCGCAAAAUGACGAGGUUACAGCGAAGGGUCUUUAAUGCGAGAAACAACACGGGAAGAAGUGGGCUCAAUCAACGCCUCCUGCGCCGGCACCUGCAGCGCGUGGAACGCGUCAGGGGAAUCCUGUGGACCCUCGCGGGAAACCUGGCCAGAAACGAGUGCGUAUCCAAUCCGUGCAAGAACGGCGGAACCUGCCACGAUGCCUACAAGGGAUUCCAGUGCGAGUGCCCUGCGGCAUGGGAAGGAUCAACUUGUGAGGACGACGUAAACGAGUGCUUCACCUUGUCCGGCACAGAUCUCGAUGGGUGUCUGAACAACGGGCAGUGCAUUAACACACCAGGAAGUUACCGGUGCGUUUGCCGCAAUGGAUUCACUGGCACCAACUGCCGCCUCCGUCACAACACUUGUCUGCUAGGCGGUUCCCGGGAGCUCUGCGGCGAGCAUGGCACCUGCAUUCAGGCGGGCAAUUCUGCAGGCUAUGUGUGCAUCUGCGAUCAGGGAUGGACUUGGGCGGAUGCCAAUGCGACCUCCGCCAGCCCAAGUGCCUGCGUCCGAGACGUGGAUGAGUGUGAGCCGCACGUGAAUCCUUGCCACGCUGAAUGCAUUAAUCUGCCGGGAAGUUUUCGAUGCGGACCCUGUCCAGCGGGAUACACGGGCGAUGGGCGCUUCUGCCGCGACAUAGACGAAUGUGCGGGCGAGGACAAUGGCGGCUGUAGCCUCCAGCCACGGGUGAUCUGCACCAACACAGAGGGCUCCCAUCGCUGUGGCCGAUGUCCACCCGGUUGGACAGGCGACGGACGAACAUGCACAGCCUCCGAUUCCAAUUCCUGCAACAAUGAGGGCAUUUGCCAUCCGCUGGCCAAGUGCGAGUACGUAUCCGAUAUGGUGGUGUGCACAUGCCCGUUGGGCAGCUUUGGACAUGGCUAUGGUGCCGAUGGAUGCACCGCCGACCCCAGUCGACUGCCCUGCGACCAGCAUACGUGCCAGAACAAUGGCACCUGCGUCCAGAGCGGAAGAGGAACCACGUGUAUAUGCCAGCCUGGCUAUAGCGGCGCUGUGUGCAGCUCGUCGGAUGUUUGCCACCCAAGUCCCUGCCUAAAUGGUGGAACAUGCCGCCUAUUGCCGGAUGCCAAGUACCAAUGCGUUUGCCCACGCAGCUACACCGGCACCAUCUGCUCCCAUCAGCGAUUCUUUUGCGGAAGCACGAUACAUGGACCUUCGGGCCAGCUGCAUUACCCACCCAACACAUCUGACGGCGAUUACCAGGCCGAUGAGCGCUGCCCUUUCAUCAUACGCACAAAUCGGAACCUGGUGCUGAACCUGACCUUCACCCAGUUCCAGCUGGAGGAUAGUGCCGACUGCACCGCCGACUUUCUGCAACUGCACGAUGGCAACGCCCUGACCUCCCGUUUGAUUGGUCGGUUCUGUGGCUCUCGCUUGCCCAUGACAAACGGCACCGUUAUCACCACUCAGGAGCAGGCAUUUUUCUGGUUCCGCUCCAACAACGAGACGCAAGGCAAGGGCUUCCAUGUCAUUUGGAAUUCGUUGCCCUUCUCCUGCGGCGAAACUAUUAAUCUGACAUCGACGCAGUCGGGCGUGCUGCGAUCUCCGGGCUAUCCCGGUCAUGCGCGACCGGAACUCGACUGUCGCUGGCAACUGACCGCGCCGUUUGGCUACCGGGUGCUCCUGCGUUUCUACGACAUAUCUCUGGGCAGCAGCGAAGCAUCUGCCGGCAACUGCAGCGAGGACUCGCUCAUCGUUUACGACUCGGAUCGCCAGUUGUUGCGUGCCUGUCAGUCACUUCAGCCGGCGCCGUUGUAUAGCUCCUCAAAUAGCCUGCGCCUGGACUUUCACACGGACGACAUUGGUUCGGACAGCUCCUUUCAGAUGCACUACGAAGUGGUGCCGGGCCAGCCCGGCUGUGGAGGAGUGUUCACGGAGUCGCGGGGUCACAUCUCCGGUUACAUGGACUUCGAGGUGUGCCUUUAUCUAAUCGAACAGCCACGGGGGACGCAAGUGAAGCUGGUGAUCGAUCGUCCUAAUCUUGUGGAAACGUUGGGUUGUAGCCUUCUGAACAUCGAAAUCUUUGACGGAAGGACAACUGAUUCGCCCCUCAUACGACGCAUCUGUGGUAGUCCCGAGGAAAGUGAACUGGAGCCGAUUAUAUCCACUGGAAAUGUGAUUUUAGUGCGCCAUGAAUACGCUUUGAGCGGCGUGGGGCUGGGGAAAAGUUUCGAUUUAACCUACACAAGAGUGUGUACUGGUAGCUUUGAUACCUAUUCUGGGGAAAUCAGUACCCCCAACUAUCCGGGUCCAUAUCCCGAUGACAUCACCUGCAUCUACAACUUCACCGGGCCUCUGGAUACAGCUGUUGAAUUCAGAAUCACAGACCUAUCGCUGGGCACCGCCGAUAAUGAAAAUGAUACAUUUUAUUUGGACGCGUAUUUAGCGGCUGAUCAAAAGCGGCAUAUUGUAAAAUCAACGGAUAACCUGGUCCUGUUGUCACACACCAAUCGGGCUAGUCUGGUCUUCCACGGGUCCGGUGGUGGUCGUGGAAUGCGACUUGAGUACGAUUUUGUUCCUAAUAAGUGCGGCGGAUUUCUUAAAGAGCUCCGCGAAAGCUUGUUAGUAAUCGUUCGGUCUAAAUUUUGUCAGUGGUUUAUUGACCUCCCCGGAAGGAAAGACAUCUCUAUUCACCCGGUGGGGUCAUCCGGAACUUUAUCCAUAUAUGAUAACAGCACAAGCCCAGGAAAAUUGAUAAAUAGUUAUUCUGGGAGUAUGAGAGAUGUAUUUGAAGAAGAUCUUUUGACGAUAAACCUGCUUUCGGAAUCGACACGCAGACUUUUUUUAAUUCGAGUUACCAUUGUCCAGCAAGAUAGUUGUGGAGGAACCUUCACUGGCCGCUCUGGCUACAUCAAAUCUCCAAAUUGGCCAAAGAACUAUGGAGAAUCCGAAACAUGCGAGUGGAUUUUAAGAGCACCCCUUGGCCACCGCAUAGAGUUAGUGGUGCGGAAUUUUACGCUGGAGAACGGUUUCCGCGGAUGCGGUAUGGACUGGCUGGAAAUUAGGAAUGGCGACUCUGAAUCAUCUCCGCUGAUUGGACGCUAUUGCGGUACUGAAAUUCCGAGCACGCUUCCCUCAUUUGGAAAUGCGCUGUACCUGAAGUUCAAAUCAGAUGACUCCAUUGAGCAGAAGGGAUUCCUUUUAAGCUGGCAGCAGAUCGGAGUCGGAUGCGGCGGCAAACUGAGCUCACCCACGGGAAGCAUCCAUUCUCCGCAAUUAUGGGCGGGAAAUCGUGGGAUCCUUGCCUGCGACUGGCAGAUCAUCGUCGCCGAGGGCUCCAGAGUAAAUCUGCAGCUUCAGAGCAAUGACAACCGCCUAUGUAGUGGUCAACUGACCCUAUACGAUGGACCCACCACCGCCAGCAGGCCACUAGUAAUGCGGUGCAAUGGGUCGAUUGCCCUGCCGCUGCAGUCGACCGGAAAUCGCGUCCUUGUACGUUACGAUGUUGGCGAUGAUGCACCUGAUGGCACCGGCUUUAUGCUGGACUACCAAACCAAUUGUCAAGUUCGGCUGGAAGGCCUGCAGGGUGCCAUUGAAACGCCCAAUUUUCCGGAAAAUUAUCCGCCAGAAAUAAACUGCGAAUGGGAUAUUCGAGCUGGUGGGCGGAAGAAUCACUUGCAGCUCAUAUUCUCCCACUUGUCAGUGGAGCGAUUUUUCUCCAGCUGCAGCCAUGACUACGUGUCCGUUAUAGACAUGCUGGACGACCAAAAAAUCAGCGAGAAACUUCUGUGCACCAAUGAUGGCCUAGACCCCAUCACCACCGAGGGGAAUCGGUUGCUCCUUCGAUUUGACAGCGAUUCGACCGUGGAAAUGCAAGGAUUCCGGGCCGAGUACAAGCGCAUAGGUUGCGGAGAGCACUUUCGGGAAACAGGCGGAGGAUUUGAAUCACCGAAUGCACCCUUCAGCGUGGACAUGGACUGCGUUUGGGUUAUUACAGCAUCGGAGGGCAAGCAGAUCCGUCUCCUACUGCAUGAAGUCUACUUCGAGGCCCCCCAGAUCGAGUGCCGCGAUGCGGAGUCUAGCCUCUCCAUAUCUGCACCCAGUGGAUUCAACUCCUCAGUGGUACUGUUUCGAACUUGCCACGAGGAGACGCAGACGCAAAACUUUACCUCGCCAGGAAAUGAGUUAGUGAUACGCUUUGUGAGCAGCUCGGCGCAGUCUAAGAAGUACUUUAGAGCCAGCUUUAUCCAGGUGCCGGCCAAUUGUGGAGGAUACAUAUCUGCCAGCAGUGGCAUGCUGACCACGCCAGGAUUCCACAAUUACCAGGACAGCACCAACGUCGCGAAUUACUCCUCCAACGUUGAGUGCGUAUGGACUGUAGAGGUUUCGAAUGGGUAUGGCAUUAGACCGCAUUUCGAACAAUUCAACCUUACGGAUUCAGCCAACUGCUCACGUACCUUUGUGGAACUAACGAAACUGGAACCGGACAACAAGGAGAUAUUUCUGGAGAGGAGCUGCGGCGAGGACUCGCCAAUGAUCCGAAUAGUUCAUGGACAAAAGCUGCGAGUCCGUUUCAGGGCUCAGGCCGGAUCCUGGGGACGGUUCAUCAUGUAUUUUGAGCGCCAGUGUGGUGGGCCGCUUUCCACUGGUGAGGGCUACCUGCAAUCCCGCCUAGACGAGGACUGCAGCUGGCUGGUUUCCUCCCCAGAGGGCAGCAAACUGAGCCUUAGCAUUAAUCAGCUUGAGUGUCCCAAAUGCGGUGCCGCCUUGGCAAAUUGCUCGGAGGGUCUACAGCUGCUCAAUGACGACGACCAGGUUUUACUAUACCAGAUGUGUCGGGAUCAUCCUGCCAAUAUAAUUGUGCCAGCAAACAAUGUGCGCAUCCUGACCCACGGAAUAAGGCUGCAGGCGAAGUUCAGCACGUUUGAGAACUCAUGUGGCGGGAAUAUAACAUCAGCCCGCGGCAGCAUCAGCUCACCCAAUUUUCCGGACACUUAUCCGGCCAACAUUGAGUGCGUCUGGUCCAUCCAGACACGACCGGGCAAUGCUUUGGAGGUCACCUUUGAGGCCAUGGAUAUUGUUCGCUCCGAGCACUGCAACGAUGACUUUCUAGAGAUACGCUCUGGUGUCCAUGGUCCACUGCUGGGUCUGUACUGCGAUAAUAAGCUACCAGCGACUCCCUUGGCGGUCCAAUCUCAGUUAUGGAUCAAGUUCCGCAGCAGGCCAGGCAACACCGCUGGGGGUUUCCGUUUCCGCUGGACUUACGUGCACGACAACGAAUUUACAAGUGGCACCAAUGGAACAAUCGAGCCUCCUCCGCCGCUCUUCGUUAACAGCGAAGAUCAACCCUUCUCCUGGCGAAUUUUUACGGAGCGCGGAAAGGUUUUUGCGCUACAGUUUGAGGAAUAUGUAUCAGGCCUUUCGCUCUUUGAUGGCUAUGAUGACAACGCUUUGGCGGUCAACAUCCCCGUCAGUCCAUGGAGGUUUACCUCCAGCAGCAAUGUGGUUUACUUGAGGACUGUGAAUGAGGAACUUAGUCAUUUUCGACUAAAGUGGAACGUGCUGGACAGCAAUUCGGUGGAGAGUAACCUCAGCUUAACCACCAAGAGUUGUACCCAGGAACUUACGUUGAGCCACAAUGGCGACACCGAGAUAAGUUCGCCGGGAUACCCGCACGGCUACAAAACUAAUCUGAAUUGCGAAUGGACCAUAAAGUCGCAGUACCCUUCACAUCAUAUAUACGCCCAUUCAUUUAUUGUGGAUCUCGAGGACUAUUCCGAAUGUUUCGCCGAUUAUCUAAAUAUUCAGAGGUCACUUGACCUCAGCCGCUGGACCAACGUGCUGCGUACUUGCAAGACAUCACAGGUUGGCCCAGUUCACGGAACGCCACAUCUGAGAUUACAGUUCUAUAGUGAUGCAUCCGUCAACGGCACUGGAUUCCUGGCGAAGCUACGCACUGUCUGUGGCUCCAAUAUGACGGGAAUCGUUGGCACCAUUCCGCAGGACAACCUGGUCGAUGAGUGUGCCUGGCAUAUCGACGUCCGACCAGGGCGCAAAAUAGACAUUACCAUUAAUUACAAUGAUAUGCGGUCAGGGGCCGUCUGUGAGGCAUACGGUCUAAUCUACGAUGGAUUGGAUGAAUUUGCACCUUUGCUUGAACACAGCAGGUUUGGCAACCAACUGGGCAUCAGAAAGACGCGAUUCCGGACAAGCAGCUCACACGCUUACAUAAAGUACCACAUCGGCGGUUCCACAAUUGGCGAUCAUUGCCUUUGGAAGCUCACAUAUCGAGAGUUCAAUGAGUGCAAUGGCGAGAUUCAGUUGACCAAGCUGGCUCCCAACUAUACGAUUAUGUCGCCGGGAUAUCCGUAUCUGCCGCAUCCCCAUGCGGAAUGCACGUGGCUGGUCAUGGCGCCGGUGGGUGAGACCAUUGCAGUCAAUUUUGAUGAGCACUUCGAGUUGAGUGCCCGCCACUGCGACAAGGAAAACGUGCAGUUGUUUGAUGGCGCCACCAAGCUGGGCCGCCUCCUGCUCCGCACCUGUCGCAAGCCGCAGACCACGGUACGCACAACUGGCAACCUGCUUCUGGUCCACUUUCAAUCGCAGCUCAAUGAGCCCACUGGCGGUUUUCGGCUGAACCUGUCAAUGAGCACAUGUGGUGGCCAGUUCAGUGGCUUGUCUGGGUUCAUCAGCUCGGAGAAUUAUCCUCAUUUGGGUGGAUAUCCCAAGCCGUCGGUGUGCGAGUACAGCAUUCUCUUGCCGAAGAACACGUUCAUUCGCUUAAACAUCACCGAUCUCCACUUGCCCUACGAUGCAAAUGGAACAUCCUCAAGGGACACCAGCGAUCGCCUGGAAAUAGUCGACUAUGCGGACCGAACUCAAGAGCUACUGGUGCUGGAUGGCAGCACAGUAACGCCCACUCUCGUCACCCUGAACACCAAUGCGGCUACCAUUCGCUUUGUGGCUACUCAAAAUGUGAACAAAUAUCGGGGCUUCAAGUUGAGAUACGAGCGGUUUGCGGGAACGUGCUCUAGGGACAUACAUGGAGCUGAAGGGGACAUCGAAAUUUCGCAAUUGCCCAACGCAGUCUGGCUUAGAUACUGCCGCUUGAGGAUCAAUGUACCGAAGGGUCAGCGGGUACGGCUGAAGCUCCUGAAUCUGGCCAAUAUUCGCGUUCUCAAGCAGAAAGAAACAAAUGGAUCCUCCAGACUAACUUCACAAUUAGAUAGUAUGGCGCACCUCUCCUUCUACAACGACGGCAACUCGCUCUCCAAGAUCACCGAAUUCCGGAUCGAUGGCUACAACGGCAGUGGAAUCAUUGAGUCCACAGACAACUUUAUGCUCGUCGUUGUGCUGACCAAUCUGUUGGAUUUAACUACCACCGCGCUGGCAGCUCGGUACAGCUCCAGUCAACCAACAGUCUGUCCGCCGAAUAUCGGAGAUCAGGCCGCAGGAUCCCUUUCCAUCCAAAGUCUCCUUCGGCUGCCUAGCUACCAUUGCAGCAUUCAAUUUGUGGCUACUGCCAGUGCAACGCUCACCUUCAAGGUGCAAGAGUAUAUAUUCCAAACAGCCGGCGGCCCAGCAGUUGUGUUCAGGGACGACAUUUCGAAUAUGCCGGUCAAGGCGAUGCACGCCAAUGUCAGCAAUAGUUAUAUCUCCCUGGUCAGCGCCGCUGGACGUGUAACACUUCUGAACAGCAUAAACGUGAAAUUACUACGGUUCCGGGCCACAUACCGGCGACACAAUUGCGGCGGACGGAUGCAGGCAGCUGAGGGAGUCACCAUCGAGUCCCCGGAUCUGCUGACUGCAUUGAAUGAUGCCUAUGGUGAAAUCGAGUGCCUUUGGACGCUGAGCAACAGCGCCGGCUAUGUGCUGGAGGGCAAUGUAUCCCUAACGGACCGGUGCGAUCGGGAGUACAUUGUGAUCUUCAGCGGUCAGUCGGAAGUGGGUCGCCUAUGCCGGGGUAUGGCAAUGAAUAGCACACUGCUGGAGCGUUCGAUCUCCACGAUACUCUAUCAUUCGGAGGACCGACUCGCCCAGUCAAGUAAAUUCAUCCUGCAAGCAUGGAAAUCGAUCUCCCAAGGCAAUGCGGUUCGCAUUGACCACCGACCAUCGCCACCGGUGACGAUUAAUAGCGGGAAUUACUUGAACGAAAAAGAACGCAUAUGGGAGUUUUUUACCAGUGAUGGCCUAUCCCUGAGGCUACACUUUCUGGAACGAAUCUUCAUUGUGAACUCACCCAACUGCUCGGCCGAUCGAUUGACGGUGCAGCGCUACGAUCGGACGACCAAUGAUUUCAUGGAGGUGACUAGUCUGUGCAACAGGCAAGCAGCUAGCGAUAUUCUGGUGCCAUCCACCAGGAUGCGAGUGAUAUUCCGAACGAAUUCGAAUAUAACGGGCGAUGGUUUCAGUUUCCAAGUCUUCCCCAGUUGCGAUGCCGUACUGCUAGCUGGACCAGAGCUCCAAACCCACCGCAGUCCCAAUUGGACGGCGUACCGCGGACAGCAGUUCAAUUGCAGUUACACAUUCUAUGCGAAGGACAACCAACAAGUGGUGGUCAGAGCGAGGUCGAGAGGUACAUGGGCGUCGUAUGUCUGCAACAGAUCCUACUUCGAUGCCUAUCGGCGCGGCGAUGGAGAUGUGGAGGAGAGUAUUGGCAGGCUCUGUCCCGAUUUUGAGGUGAAAGGCAAUGGAAGGCUUCGCUUGCAUUAUGUCUCUCCAAUUACGCGCUGGUUCACCCUGCAAUACCAACUGAUUCAAUGCGGUGGCAAUUACAGCACAUCCUUCACUCUGCAGCCGCUGCAGGAUGAAGACUCCGGUGCUUAUGCCCACAGCACGGAAUGCGAAUGGCGGGUCACUGCGCCUCCGCAGCAUGCCGUCGUCAUAGAGUUCAAGUAUUUUGAUAUGGAGUCCAACGCGAAUUGUGCUUUCGACAGUCUAACCAUCUAUCGCGGCCAUGUGGCCAGCGAGGAGCAGAGAACGAACCGCCUAUGCGGCAAUCUCACUAAUCUGGAAGCUAUCAUGGUGAACAGCAACGAAGCUCUCAUUGUCCUGUCCACGGAUGGCUCCAUCAGUCGCCGGGGCUUCCUAGCCACUGUGCGCUUCACCCCCAAUUGCAACGAGCACGUGGUCCUGGACAUGGAAGUGCCGCGCAUGAGCUUGAUGCGGCAAUACGCGGUGAAUGACACCGAGCCACUGCUGUGCUACUUCCAGGCCAGCGCUCCGCCAGAUUACCGCAUUUCUCUGGAGGUGCGCAAACUGCAGCUAAACGACGUCGUCUGCCGCACCUGCAGCUACUUGGAAGUCCAGGACGGCGAAGGUGUCGACGGCCAGAGUCUUGGAAGGUACUUUGGCGGCACAAGUGGCAAUAUACUCUCGAAUAGGACAAAGGUGUUUAGUCCUUAUUCGGUCAUGUCCUUCAAGCUGAGUGCUAGGACCAGUCAGUCCCAGAGGAACAUUAGCUUUGAGCUGAUCCUGCAAAUGGAGCGCACUGUGUGUGGACAAGCGGAGUACGACAUGCGGUUGAAUGAGACGAUUACGUUGGGUAUGCAGUACGACAACGUCACCAGUGUCUACGAGGGAAGCAUUCAAUGCCUCUGGACAAUUAAGCAUAAGGGCGAUGUGGAAUUAGAUUUCCGGAAGCUUCGCCUCAAGGAAAUAUCUCAGCGGACUGGAAAAUGCACGGACUACAUAGAACUGUCCAAACCCCAUUUCUCUAGAUCAUAUUGCGGACAACACGACAAAAGCUUCUCGAUGGUUGAAGAAGUCAAUGAAUCCAACCUACAAAUUGCUUUCCACAGCGACGGACUCGAGGAAUCGCAAGGGUUUGAAGUUAUCAUACGCCGAAAGCCAAGGUGCAAUCGAAACUACACGCAGCUGAGUCAGGUGAUUGAUACCAACACUCUUUCCAACUGCACGGAGUAUAUCCGAGUUCCAAAAGGUUACAGCAUAACGCUCUACAUAAUGACUGUGCUGUUCGACAGUAUCGAUAAUAACUACUUUAGGGUAACGGAUCUACAAUCAAACAAGACUAUCUUCAGCACUUCGAACAUUCAAUGGGAAACCAAAGCGAGGAUUACAUCCACCAACGAGCUGCGGCUCGAAAGCCGUGGAGUGUCCUCCCUCAGGUUGUUCUACUUUUCCACCAGCAACCAAUUUCCCAGCGGUUGUGGUGGUGAUCUAGCGGUUGGUGGAUCGGUGGGCAGUUAUCUGGAGAAUCCCUCCUACGAAGGUCGCAACAGCUCACUCUGCACUUGGAGAAUAUCCGUGCCACCUGGCGGACGCCUGCUAUUUAGCUUUCCUGAAUUCAACAUGGGCUCGGAGACCAAUUGUGAUCUGGACAAUGUGCGAUUUUAUGACAACGUCGUUGGCGACCAGACACUUGUGAAAACAUUAUGUGGAUCAAGUAUUCCAGAUAUGUUUUCCAUAGCCAAAAAUAACCUUAUUAUAGUUGCUAAAAAAACUCAAAACUUCGAUGGAUUAGGGUUUAAAAUGGAUGUAAUAGAAAUAGACUAAAGUCUUUCAGAUUUAUUUCAGAAUUCUAUUUCAUACAUUUAUUUACUCAUAUAUUUCUGCUGCGAUUGUGAAUAAAAAUCUAUUCAAGAAAUUAAGUUUAAA